AUGGCAGCGGGUGACAGGGAAUUUGAAGAGAUUUUUGAUAAUUUUGAAAGCGAAGUGAAGAGUCGCAUCUCCGAUACUAGAGACUGGUCGGCGAUAUUUUUGAAGCCUUUCUUUCGCAGACACGACUUGCACAUGCGUGAUUAUGCGGAUAGGAUUAUGGACCUUACAGUGCGCGCAUUCGCAGGGGCACCCAAAGAGAUUCUUGAGCGACAAAUGAUAGCGAAAUUUUUGAGCGGCGUAAAUCAUAAGGAAGUUGGAAUUGCAUUAGCAGCCGAAAAGCAUAAAAAUUUGCCAUUUGAGGAGAUGGUUAAGAUAGCGAUUAAUGUGUAUGAUUAUAGCCAAGGAAACGUGUGCCGACCUCAACAGCAGCAAGCAUUCGACAAUGGGAACGACUUCAUUGAUCCUCCUGCAGCGCAUCUAAGUGGGUUUUGGGACAUUCCGACUCAGAAUAAUCGGCCGACUCCUCAAUCAACGGGUGGAAACAUCAGUCCAAAUGCAAAUCAACAUCAGGAUUUUCACCGCCCCGGCCUGCAAUAA